AAAGAAUGUUUGCAUUGACAAACCCUUUCUUCUAUCAUUUCAAACUUGCAAAAACUCAAAGGCUUGUAAGUCAUAAUGAUGGUAGAAGCUAUAAUUGAUAUCCCAGCUAUCCCAAAGAUAAAUGAGAUUGAAAGUGUUUCCACAAGGAGGCACUCUACUGGGAAGGUUAUCAUGCCAAGUGGUGGAGUAACAGCUAUUUCACGUUACCUCAGAACUUCACAGGGUUCUUGCCAUGACAUUUGCAAAUAUGGAACAGGGUGUAAUCUUGAAACAGAGUCAAAGAGUCGAAGGAGUUCGAUGCCUAAAAUUAUUACACCAAAGCGAGGUGCAGGCCAAACUAGGGAAAGAACUGAAAGUAAAUUGGGGGAGAGAAGGAAGAAAUCAGAAGUUAGUCUUAAGCUCUCUUCAGAUUUCAAUAUCCAGGAACCUGAAUAUCCUGUUGUCAUCAAGAGUACAAAAAGACAAGGAGGACACCAUGUGGAAAACACUGAAACAAAUUUAACAGAUAGAAAGAAAUCAGAAAUUAAUCUCAAGCCUUCUGAUGAUACCAAACCCCAGAAACCAGACUAUUCUGUUGUCAGUCUUAAGCCCUCUCCUGAUGAUCUGGUUGACAUCAAAACUAUAGCAGAAGAAGGUGAAGUCCAAGAUGAAGAAAAUGCUGGAACUAAAUUAUCAAAAGGAGAUAAGAAACCAGAUGUUAGUCAGAAGACUUCUCCCGAUUCCAAAAGCCAGAAACCUGUUGAUCCAGAUCGCAUUGGAAGGGAAGCAUCAUCAUGGAGCGGAAAAGAAUUUGUCUCACCAAAGCAAGUUCCAUUACUUCUCAGGGAAACUGAUUUUGCAGUUGCACAUGCUAGAGAUUCAAAGCUGAAGCGUCAAUCAAAGCCAUAUUCUCCCCUAAAACAGGCAUGUUCGAGUGGCAAACAGAACAUUGAAGGCAGCAAAAGCAAGGAAACAAAUGUUAUGUCCAUGACUUCAUUAGGAGUUUCAGGUGGCAGAAAUAAAGGUGAAAGGACAAUAAGUGAAGGAAUGAGAAACUUUAUGAUUGGUGAGAAGAAAAAUGUAGUGCCAUCAUCUGUUUCCUUGUCUCCCAAAAAAUCAAGUAACAGUGUUUCAAGCAUGAAUGCCAAAAAAAAGAAGUCAAGAGGAGUUUGUCGUUCAAAGAAGCAGGAGAAUUCAAAGAAAAUUAAGCCUGAGAAGUCCUGCGGUAAGGAUGCAAUAGGGUCCAAGAACGUAACAGGAGUUUCUCAUUUGACAGAUCAAGAGAAUGCUCAGAAAUCUUAUUCUAAGCAAACGAGCAUUUCAGAUAUUCCUGAGAAGACUUUGUACAUAAUUGAGUCAAAUCCUGAGAACAAGCCUGCAAAAUCCCUUCAAAGUAGUUUUCAUGUCAGUGAUUUGUCCACAAUGCCAUCUUCAUUUUCUAAGGACAAGAGCGUGAAACACACUGGAUAUGGAAUUCCUAUAGGCCAAUCUCCCCGAUCAUAUGAGAAGAAGAACAUGAUAUACAGGCCAAAAGGAAUUCAUGCCCGUGGAUUGCCUCCAUCCUUGUCCUUACUCCCUGGUAAGAAAGGGUUGGCAUCCACUCCAUAUGGAUUGAAUGUCACUCAACCAUCUUUAACUUCGUCAUCGUCAUUGGCAUCAUCCAAGUCUAUCCAUAGUUAUGACUCAUCAGAACAUGAUGAAGUGGCUGCAAAAAAGCAAACAAGUAGCUCAAAAAUGAUGUGCAAGGGUAGACCUAAAAGGGCUUUGGUAACCACUUUAAAUGACAAACAUUUGCAAGGUGAAAAGAUGAAUUUUCAGAGAGGAAAGGUGAUUGAAGUUCCGCUUGAGGGUUGCACUCCAAGGAGACUUGCAUUUAAGCAAAGAAUGCUCACUGACAACAGAAAUGAUGAUAACCAAAAAGGCGAAGUUGAGGACUGUACUCCAAGGAGACUCAAGUUCAGGAAAAGAGUGCUCAUUAACAACGGAAAUGGUGAUAACCAAAAUGGUAGAUGUGAGGAGUUUAUUCCAAGGAGACUCAACUUCAGGAGGAGAGCUCUUGUUGACGACAGAAAUUCUGAUAACCAAAAUGGUAGAGGUGAGGACUAUACCCCAAGGAAACUUAAGUUCAGGCCAAGAGUGCUUGAUCACAGCAAAAAUGGUAAUAUCCUAAAUAGUGAAGGUUACACAAGCAAGAACAAUUCUGUAGGAAAAGAAGCUGAUAUUGGCCAGGAUAAUGCCAUUGAAGUCCAAUCUGACAAAAUUUCUUUGAGACAUAGUGAUGUUAAAGAGAAGAAAAAUUCAGGGAUUUUGUACAACAAUGUGAUUGAAGAGACUGCAAGUAGGCUUGUGAGGACUAAGUCGAGUAAGGUGAAGGCUUUGGUUAGUGCUUUUGAAUCUGUCAUCUCUCUUCUGGAUACUAGUUUCUCAGAAACAAAUAACAUAUGCGGAGUUACUGAAGGUCUUUGAUGUACUGUACAAACUGAAAAAAAAGGGUAAACUAAAAUUUAAAGGUGAUACGAAAUAACUAACUUCUGAGGAAAAUGCAGUAAUAUAAUGUGAGGAAAGCUUUGAGUAAUUAAGAGUUAUCCAUGUGUUUUUGCCCUGUAUAUUAGGCCUUAAUGCCGUUUUGCUUUGUAUUGCUCUUUUUUCCUGUACAUCAGCUAUAGAGAAUGAAAACUUGCAUCGGAUGGUAUUUAACUAUGGGAUA